GCUAAAGGAGAGCGGGUGGCUGUGGCUCCGGCUCCGCGAGGUGGGGGCCGUCCCGGACGCAGCCAGGCGGCCGCGAUCUCCGCGGGACACGCUCCGCCGCGGCCCGAGGCGGCGACAUGAGCGCCGCGGGGCUGCUAGCUCCGGCGCCCGCCCCGCCUGCAGCGCCUCCCGCCCCGGAGUACUACCCCGAGGACGACGAAGAACUAGAGAGCGCCGAGGACGAUGAGCGGAGCUGCCGGGGCCGCGAGUCCGACGAAGACACUGAGGAUGCCAGCGAGACGGACCUGGCAAAGCACGAUGAGGAAGACUACGUGGAGAUGAAGGAGCAGAUGUAUCAGGACAAACUGGCAUCCCUGAAGAGGCAACUGCAACAGCUACAGGAAGGUACGUUACAGGAGUAUCAGAAGAGGAUGAAGAAGCUGGAUCAGCAGUACAGAGAGAGGAUCCGGAACGCAGAGCUCUUCCUCCAGCUGGAAACUGAACAGGUGGAGAGAAACUAUAUUAAAGAGAAGAAGGCGGCGGUGAAGGAGUUUGAGGACAAGAAGGUGGAGCUGAAGGAGAACCUGGUUGCUGAGCUGGAGGAGAAGAAGAAGAUGAUCGAGAACGAGAAGCUCACGAUGGAGCUGACUGGAGAUUCUAUGGAAGUGAAACCCAUCAUGACCAGAAAAUUGCGGAGGCGACCAAAUGAUCCUGUCCCCAUUCCAGACAAGAGGAGAAAACCGGCUCCUGCUCAGCUAAACUAUUUGUUAACGGACGAGCAGAUCAUGGAGGAUCUGAGAACGCUAAACAAGCUUAAGUCACCCAGGAGACCAGCUUCCCCGUCCUCUCCUGAACACUUGCCCGCCACACCUGCAGAGUCUCCAGCCCAGAGAUUUGAGGCUCGGAUAGAAGAUGGCAAACUGUAUUAUGAUAAAAGAUGGUACCACAAGAGCCAGGCCAUCUACCUAGAGUCCAAGGACAACCAGAAACUGAGCUGUGUCAUCAGCUCAGUGGGAGCCAAUGAGAUCUGGGUGAGGAAGACGAGUGACAGUACCAAAAUGAGGAUUUACCUGGGCCAGCUGCAGCGUGGGCUCUUCGUGAUCCGCCGGCGAAAAUUCUUAACUUACCGGGACUAGCUCCGUGGCCUGGGACAUGGAGAGCACUGUGGAGUUGAAGGCACUCACAUGGCCAGCCACUUCCAUCUCUGUACCGUUCUUUCCUGCCUCGGCUUCUUCCAGAAAGCAGUCACCAGAGACUCUUGCUUUCAGGAGUGGGGGGGCUUCGUCCACUUUCCUUUUAUUCCUUUGUUUUGUUUAUACUUGGUCUUUUUUUUUUUUUUUUUUUAAAGAAAAACCUCCUUUGAGUUUGAAGGGAAGCUUGUUUUAAUAAUUACCUUUCGGCCUUUCUCCCGUGAAGAGCAGUGAGUGCUUUCCUGACUGAAUCUGACUGGUGGGUCGUGUGCUUGCUUCCCUUGCUGGGCCGUGAAGCGUGGGACAGGGGAGUUCUCCUGGCUCUGCCUUCUCGGAGAAAUAAAAGAUGUGGAACAUCU